AUGGACUCAGUGCCGCCGCUCAUGGCGACGAACACGCGGGAUCGGAUAGUCAAGACGGUCCCAGAACCCGCUACACAACGUCUUUCCGACGCCGAGUUCUUUGCACACGAUGAAUUCGGUGGCACGAAACCGAACGCACGCGUUCUGCGGGACCAUUUCUUCCGGGAGGGUCGAUUAACGGAAGAUCAUGCGCUAUACAUCCUCGAGCACGCGACAACACUGCUCCGCAAAGAGCCGAACAUGGUGGAGGUGCAGGGUCCGGUUACGAUUUGCGGAGAUAUCCAUGGGCAAUAUUAUGAUCUCAUGAAACUUUUCGAUGUGGGCGGUCCACUCACGGACAACUCUUACAUCUUCCUCGGCGACUAUGUGGACAGAGGGUCCUUCGGGAUCGAAUGUUUGCUAUACCUAUAUACCCUCAAACUCUGGUUCCCUCACAAAUUCACUCUCCUCCGCGGCAAUCACGAAUGCCGUCAACUGACCGAGUACUUCACGUUCAAGCGCGAAUGCUUGCACAAGUACUCUGAGCGCGUGUACGACGCCUGCGUUGCCUCUUUUUGCGCCCUACCCAUAACAGCGCUAGUUGAUGGGCGGUUCUUCUGUGUGCACGGAGGUCUCUCCCCCGAACUCGGCCUGUUGUCCGACAUCGCCAACGUGAAUCGUUUCUCAGAGCCGGGAUCGCGGGGACUGCUGUGUGACCUGCUGUGGAGCGAUCCUAUAGCCAAUUUCGGACACGAAGACCCGCGAGAGGUACCUCCUGGCACCACCUUCACGCAUAAUGCGACACGGGGUUGCUCUUACUUCUUCACAUACGAAGCUGCCUGCCAAUUCUUGGAGCGAAAUGGGUUGUUGGGCAUUAUCAGAGGUCACGAAGCACAGGAUGCAGGCUAUACUAUGCAUCGCAAGACACCGACAAAGAAAUUUCCCUCUGUCAUCACUGUGUUCUCUGCUCCGAACUACCUGGACGUGUAUCACAACCGGGGCGCCAUACUAAAAUACGCCAACAAGAACUUGACUAUCCGGCAGUACAACUCAUCUCCCCAUCCAUACUGGUUGCCGAAUUUCCAAAAUGCUUUCACAUGGAGUCUUCCAUUCGUCGGUGCCAAAAGUCGGUUUCCCUGUGCUAAUACGCGAGUGCUGUCUGAUCUUUACUAGUUACGGAAAUGCUGUUGGCUGUCCUUUCUGUGUGCUCUGAAGAAGAGCUGGAGAUGGAAUCAUCGGACGAGGAAGAAACUCCUGAGACGAAUAACGACGAAGAAAUGCGCACGGCGCGAACUCUCGGAAUUAGCACGCCUGCCGAGGCUGCCCGACGACGACAAGAGAUCAAGAACAAAAUUAUCGCUGUGGGUCGGAUGCAAAGGGUGUUCCAACUACUUCGAGAGGAAGCCGAGUCUGCAUCUGAGCUGGUCGAUGCCGAGGCUGGCGAGGCUGGAGUGUUGGAGGGACUGAACGUGCAGGGAGUGGUCAGAAACAAUAUCCAUAACUUUGAAGACGCUCGACGCUCAGAUCUCCUAAACGAGCGUCUUCCCACAUUCCCCUCUUUAUCUUUGCCUGCUACGCCCAUCGACCUCGUACCGAGCGGGCCACCCACGCCGACCGGACCCUCUCCUCUUGUACCGUCUAUGCGGAUACCAGGCAGAGACGAAGGGCUUAACAUGGAGUUCCUUAUCCGGCAGACCUUGCAGGACGGGUCCAGCGCAGGCGACGAUAUCGAGCGCCUGGCUGAUCGGAUCGCGUUUCGCAACAGGCGGCCUGGAGGUGCACUAAAGCGCAACGAGACAAUAUAAUAUCUAUCUCCCUCGUCUCAUAUGGAGCUCCUUCAUCAUGUUGACUGGCUGUAGUGUAUCUCGAGAAACGAUAUGUAAUUGUAUGUUGCUGAUGACGUAAUCAGAAAACCCCUUUGUUCUUGUCGUUUACUUCUCAAGACGCGCCACAGAUGGAUGUUGACACGGACAGCUCUAGCGGAGACGAUUGGGUGCGAGUGACGAGUGAGGACGGGCAUUCUUUUCUCGUGCGACGCAAAGUCGCCGAAGUCAGCGAGACGAUGCGAGAUAUGCUGGAUAGCUCUGGUGAAUACGCGGAAGCCAAGACGAAGACCUGUCCGGUCCAGCAGCGAGCUGUGAUCACGGAAAAGCUGCUGGAGUACAUGGCAUUCAAGGCACACUACGAACGCGCGGGUGCGAAGGAGGAGAUUCCAGUGAUGGAAUUCACCGAACGUAUACCGCCAGAGAUUGUCCUGGAGCUCUUGCUGGCGGCUGACUAUCAGAAUA